CUGAUCUAUUUGGGAAGUUGGCUGGCUCUCAAAGCAGAGUCUCUUCUCAAAGGCUGUUUCACAGCGAAAAUAUGCUCAGUGCAGCCGGGCGCAUGAAUGAAAGAGCCGCCGUUUGCUUCUAGUCUGGCAAAAUGCAGCAGAGAACUCAGCUCACCCUGUCCUUUUUGCUGUCCCAGGUGUUGCUGCUCACAUUUGCAGAGGAUUUGGAAUGCAUCCCUGGAUUUAAGCAAAAGAUAUUCCGCAUAGAACAGCCAGCUGAAUUCUUUGAGGACCAGUUGAUUCUAAACUUGACAUUCACUGACUGUAAAGGAAAUGACAAGCUGAGAUUUGACGUCUCCAACCCCUACUUCCAGGUGAAGCCAGAUGGGGCUUUAGUUGCCCUGAAAAACAUAUCAGAUGUUGGCCCAGCUUUAUUCAUCCAUGGGCGAUCAUCCAGUGCAGAAGACAUGGCAGAAGUUGUGAUUGUUGGUGGCAAGGACAGUUCCAGCUCCUUAAAGGAAAUCUUUACAUUUGCUAGGACUUCUGCAGUCCCAAGACAGAAACGAUCCAUUGUGGUAUCACCCAUUUUAAUUCCCGAAAAUCAAAGACAGCCUUUUCCCAGGGAUGUAGGCAAGGUUGUGGAUAAUGAUCGACCAGAAGGAUCCAAAUUCCGACUUAGUGGAAAAGGUGUGGAUCAAGAACCAAAAGGCAUUUUCAGAAUCAAUGAAAAUACUGGGAGUGUCUCAGUGAUGAGGACCUUGGAUAGAGAAACAAUGGCUACUUACCAGGUAAGUUCCAUGUGUUGUUAG